ACUCCGACGGUCCGACCUCUUCUUCCUCGCUUGAUCUCCUCUGGACACCGAAGACUCCGAUGGAACCCAUGUCCUCCUCGCCGGCCGCCAGCCGGCGCGCCGCAGCGAUUGCCCGCCACCUCGCCGGCAUUCCGGCUGCCAAAUUCGCCUCCCUGCUCGAGCCAUUCUCCUGCCUGGGCUACGUGCCGCCGGAGUCCAAUGAGCAGCCCCCGGCGUUCGCGCUAGGCGACCUCCGGAGGCUGCUCGACGGGCACGACCUGGGCGUGCGGGACUGGAUGUUCCGCGUCAUGGAGCAGAGCACAUUGUUCUGCAGCCGGCACGGGGGCCCCGGACCUGCAGGCAGGGUGUUCGCAUCGCCGGACUUCAACAAGGACAAGGAGGGGCUGCGGGAGGCGAAGAUGAGGCGGAUCGGGUACCUGGCGCGGCGCGGCGUAUUCCGUGGAUGGCUCACAGACACGGAGGGCGACGCCGAGGCCGAGCUCCGCAGGAUCGCGCUCCUCGACUGCAUUGGCGUCUACGAUCACUCGCUCGCCAUCAAGAUCGGCGUCCAUUUCUUCCUCUGGGGCAGCGCAAUCAAGUUUCUUGGAACAAAGCGCCACCAUGACAAAUGGUUGUCGGACACAGAAAAUUAUGUUAUCAAGGGUUGUUUUUCCAUGACAGAACUGGGUCAUGGGAGCAAUGUCCGAGGAAUUGAGACAGUGGCUACUUAUGAUAUUAAAACAAGAGAGUUUGUGAUAAAUACUCCUUGUGAAUCAGCCCAGAAGUACUGGAUUGGUGGAGCUGCUAAUCAUGCUACACAUACUAUAGUCUUUGCGCAGCUCCAUAUAAAUGGGAGAAAUGAAGGAGUCCAUGCUUUUGUAGCUCAGAUUAGGGAUGAACAUGAAAAUGUUAUGCCUAAUAUCCAGAUAGCUGACUGUGGCCAUAAAAUUGGAUUAAAUGGUGUUGAUAAUGGACGAAUUUGGUUUAACAAUAUACGUGUUCCUCGAGAGAAUUUGCUGAAUCUUGUUGCUGAUGUUUUGCCGGAUGGGCAAUAUGUUAGCACGAUAGAUGACCCUGAUCAGAGGUUUGCAGCAUUUUUAUCUCCACUUACACUUGGUCGAGUUAAUAUUGCAGUUAAUGCGGUUUAUAUUUCAAAGGUUGGCGUUGCAAUUGCUGUGAGAUAUGCUUUGUCAAGGAGAGCCUUUUCAGUUACACCGGAUGGUCCUGAAAUGCUGUUACUUGAUUAUCCCAGUCACCAGCGACGCCUUCUACCACUGCUAGCAAAAGCAUGUCUGAUGAGCAGUGCUGGUAAUUUUAUGAAAAGGAUGUAUGUGAAGAGGACUCCUGAACUUAACAAAUCUAUACACAUUUACUCUAGUGCUCUUAAAGCUACACUUACCUGGCAGAAUAUGACCACACUUCAGGAGUGCCGUGAAGCUUGUGGUGGCCAAGGUUUGAAGACAGAGAAUCGCAUAGGAAUUUUCAAAGCUGAAUUUGAUGUCCAGUCUACAUUUGAGGGCGACAAUAAUGUUCUAAUGCAGCAGGUAAGCAAAGCCCUUUAUGCUGAAUUUUUGACAGCAAAAAGGAAGAAUCAACCAUUCAAGGGAUUGGGCUUGGAACACUUGAAUGGUCCUUGCCCUGUUAUUCCUGAUUAUCUGACAAGUGGCACACUAAGAAGCUCCAGUUUCCAGAUGGACUUGCUCUGCUUGAGGGAGCGAGAUUUACUGAAACGAUUCACCACGGAGGUUUCUAACUAUCUGGCACAAGGAGAAAACAGAGAGAAGGCUUUGAUGCUGAGCUACCAACUCGCUGAAGACUUAGCUAGAGCAUUUACUGAGCGCACAAUUUUGCAAAUAUUUUUGGAGGAUGAGAAGAAUAUUCCUACUGGUUCUUUAAAGGAUAUAUUGGGCUUACUAAGGUCUUUAUAUGUUAUGGUUUGCAUAGACGAAUCUGCAUCCUUUUUGAGAUAUGGUUGCCUAUCGCGAGAGAAUGUAGCCGCUGCUAGGAAAGAAGUGAUGACACUGUGCAGUGAACUCAGGCCCCACGCACUUGCUAUUGUCAGUUCCUUCGGAAUCCCAGAUGCCUUCCUUAGCCCACUCGCUUUUGACUGGAUUGAGGCAAAUGCACGGUCUUCUGGGAAUGAAUGACUCCACGCUACCAUCAGGUAGUUAUGGGGUUUUCCAAUGGAACUACUACAGAUGGACAGCCAAACACACUAUACGCAAAGAUAGGUGUACAUUUGCAACUACUUCCUGUCAAGAUAGGUUACAAUAAUUUCUCUGAAGUGUAUAGUUCGAGAUGGUGAUGUUGAUCUGGACUUCAUAGAAGUUUAUGUUCUUGUAAUUUGCACUUCAGAAUGGGACAUACGUGAAUAAGUGGAACUUCAGAAUGGGACAUACGUGAAUAAGUGGAUGUAGCCUCUACAUUUUUUUAAAGAAGAAGACGGCUUCAUAGCCAAGCUGAA